GGAUGAGGCAGUGUUUUUAACGGUAAUGAGUGCUUGUACCGCUGUAAAUAGCCGAAUUUUAGUCAAUAUUACAAAUAUGGAAAGUCAUAAUGUCAAAACCGUGAUGGAGAAAGUGUCAGAUGACAUUGAUGAGGUACGUGACGUGAAGGGCGUACAAGCAGAGCCGACGCCUGCGGCGUCAUCGUUGCCAGCUUCGAAACAAGUGCCGCUCCCUAUUGGUGAAAAUAUCAACAAAACUGACUGUAUCAAUGAGAAAAUUUGUACUAAAUUAACAAAAAGUUCUGGAAAGUGUGAAAGUGGCAGUGGUAGUGGAGAACAAGAGGGAGGCCAACAUGAAGAUGGAAUUGAUAUUGCAGCAAAAAAGAGAAAAACUCGUAGAGGUAAACCUAAACAUAGAAAAUUGAAGCCGUAUUCGAAGCAGCAAUUAUAUCAACAACAGUUAAGAUAUAGAUCUAGAGGUCGAUUAGCAAAAACUGGUAGACAACCACCAGCACCGUAUAACACUACACAAUUUCUUAUGGAUGAUCACAGUGAUCUUCCAGAUCUCGAUCAGAAACUUUCAGAAGCGGUAUCUUCAGAGCUACCUACUGCAUUUCAAAAACCAGCUCCAUCUCGUACUAGAGAUUCUAGCUUCAGUGUUGACUCUGAUGAAGACUAUUUUUACUCAUCCCCAGAAGAUGAAGAAGAAUUCUUGACUAAAGAAUUCUCUACUGCAUAUGAAGACCUUCAUGCCGAAAGAUUAAGUACAUUAAGUAAAUCAGAAUUAAUACAAGAAUAUCUACAGUUAGAGGCCAAAGUAGAUUUAUUGACAAAACGUCUACGUGGUAAAAAUUUUCAUCAAACAGAAGAAAGAGAUUUGGAAAGCAAAAGUUGUACUACAGAUACAGAAUCGGCAAAAAAAUUGAAAAUUUGUCAACAACGGAUUGACGAUUUAAUGCAACAAAAUGAACAAUUAAAGCGAGAAAAUGAAUCCUUAAGAGCCCAAAGACAUGGCAGUACAGUUUCAAGUGUUGAUAGCGAAAGGGACAGUGAUAGUACAAGUAAUGGGAAUAGGAGCAGAGGUAGUGGGCCUCUUUUAAGUUCCAGCUCUUCUCCAGAGCAUAGGGGUUACUCUAUACGUGAAAAUAGUCAAAGGAAAGACAGUUCAGUAUCUAGUUCUGAUAGUAAAAGUGAUAGUUGUGAUAGUAGCUCGAGUGAGAAUUCUAAGACAUCUAUGACCCUGGUUAACCUUUCGAAUGGUCAUGUGACUAUUCAAGAAAUUUUUGAUUUCCCCACAUAGAUUAUAAAAAGUUGUUUUUUAUAUUAAAAGUCUAUUCAGUGUUUCAAGAAUUAAUGUACAAGUCGUAUUAUAUACGUCAUUGGUCCUGCAUAUUUGCUUUAAUUCUACCAAUUUAGAAAGCAAGACUGGUUUAAAUCAACUUGAUCAGCUUGAUCCUCUUUCUGAUAUCGGAUAUGUAACCUUAGAUUAUCCUUGAAUGUGCCCUUACAAUUUACUUCCUAUACUUCUUUUAAGACUGUUUUGUGUAAACAACGUAAGCAUGUAAUGAAGUAGGAAAUACACACCUAAUCUUAUGAGAAAAGCAAAUUUAUAUCUGUGCAGGCUACAUUUUCAUGUGCUUGAUAAAUUUGCAAAAGUUACAUAUUUAUGGUAUACAUUCUAUGAUGUUAUUUUGUAUUACUUUAAAUUGGUAUUGAUUACAAUGCAGUUUAAUUAUUUUUAAAAUGGUUUGUUUACGAUGAAAUGCCACUUUAAAUUGAUGAUUGUAUGAAUUUAAAAUUUACAGACCAUCAACUAAUAAGUCAUAAAACUGUAUAGACAUGAUAAAAUGAUACAAAUUAAUAUUAAAAUUGUGAUAUUGUAAAAAUUAAAAAUAUUGUAUAAUUAUAGAGACCUGAAAUGUAAUGAUACAUAUUAGUUUAUGGUCUACAUAUGUAAUGUAUUA